AGAGGAGGCGCGGUUUCUCUUCCACAUCUGAAUCCUUAUUUCAAGAGCAGUGUCAUUUUUCGGUGCCGUGGCAUUCUUUUGUUGUUAAAUUAAAGGCUAUAGUGCUUAUUUGGAUUUUAAUCGAAGUCGGACUGUAGCAUAUUGAUUAUUUGAGAUCGUUUUACUGUAUAGUUUACGUGACAUAGGCCUAAAAGUCUUAGUUAAUAUUGUGUAAAACCAACAACAAUGUCUGGGGAUCCGAUAAUGGAGCCUAUCACAAUCACCCUGGAAACGACUACUGGUGUGCCUAGUUCGUUUCCAGUGGUGCUGAAGAAAAUAAUGGAAACACCACCACCGAAUUUGCUCGAGGGAGACGACGAUACUGACAAGGAGAAGCUGUACCUGGGAGAUGACGUGAACAUGGGUGGGGGUGUUAGCGGUCUGGGUCCCUCCGCCGCCCUGACACCCGCCAUCUGGGACAAGACCAUCCCGUACGAUGGGGAGACCUUUCACCUGGAGUACAUGGACCUGGAAGAGUUCCUCAUAGAAAACGGCAUCCCCACCUCCUUGGAAGGCACCACUGAUAAGGAGGGCUCAGUGGAGAGUAAGCCAGAGAAGAAGGCCUCAGCCAUGGGCAAACCAAAGCCCAAGGUGGCACCAACUCCUGGAGAGCCUAUCUCUCUACUGCCCAUCCUGGAGCUUGACCCAUGUGAGGAGGAGGUGGUAACCAUCACCCUCAACAACACUGACAUUAGUGACACGGCUGAGGAAGACAAGGACAGGGAGACCCCUGAACCCCUUGACCCAGAGGAGAUCGAGGUGGAGGUGAACUUUGAACCUGACCCCACAGACCUGGUUCUGUCCAGUGUGCCGGGCGGGGAGCUGUUCAACCCUCGCAAACACAAGUUCUCAGAUGAGGAGCUGAAGCCUCAGCCCAUGAUCAAGAAGGCCAAGAAGGUGUUUGUACCAGAGGAACGGAAGGAUGAUAAGUACUGGCAGAGGAGGAAUAAGAACAACGUGGCAGCUAAGCGUUCUCGGGAUGCCAGGCGUCUGAAGGAAAAUCAGAUCACAGUACGGGCAGCAUUCCUGGAACGUGAGAACACAGCGCUGCGACAGGAAGUGGCUGAGCUACGGAAGGACUUUGGGCGCUGCAAGAACGUUCUGUCUCGCUAUGAAGACAAGUUUGGAACGCUGUAAGAGAUUGAAAACACCUGGUGGUAGCCCAUAUUAGUCAUUUCAUUAUUACUUUUGUAUAAUGCAUUGCUUAAUGUCCUAACUACACACCACAAUAUAUCCUGGAAUAUUGUUUCCUUUGUACCAGUCAGUUGAACACAUUGUCCCGGUUAAGAAUUAGAAUUAAUAUCAGAAUGGCAUAGUCUCGCACCAUUAUUGAUUAUCAUAAUGUACUAUACUGAUCUUAGAAAUGUGAGUGGUUUACUAGGGAGACUGAUUUAAUUAUUGUUUUUGAUGAAUGACGUUGGUGUGAACCACCCCCUUCACUGAUGUCCCUGUCUCCAAAAAAGGAGAGUCAUAUAUCACAAAAUACAUUCUAGAUUUAUUUUAGCUUGUAAGACAUUUGCUUUUAAAUCUUACACAGUUUGCUUCAUGCUAGUAGUUGCAUUAUCACUUAGCAGCAUGUGAGUCCUGAUCGUGUCUUUAUGUUGUUACAGGGCUGAUAAACUAACUUCUAGGCUUCCUUCUCUUAAUAGAGUUUCUGGAUCAAGAUGAUAACAACUGUGCCCUAUCUUAACUGUGACCAACAGUCCUAUCCAAUACUUCUAUAUCAGGGGACUACUUCUACAGCAGAGUAGUAAAAAGCAACCGUGUUAAAACGCCAUAUACACAAUGCUUCCUGUUGUGUAGACAGUCUCCACUUCACUUGUGCUUCAAUCCAGUUUGAAUUCUAGUCCAACUAGAGGUAUUCUCUUACCUUCUGAAGGUCCAUAUCAUAUAGAUAUACAGUGUCUAUGUAACUUGUCACUUCUAUUCUCUUCCUAAUUGUUGUUGUAUUGUGACGUUCAGAUGUCAUGUAUAGAAUCCAAUGAUGCAUGUAAAUAGUUGCAGAAUUACAUUCUAUUUUAUAGACAAUUCCUUACUUUCACACAUACUAUUUCAAUAUAAGAAGUAUUCAAAAAUUCAGGUUAUUCAUCUAUUCUCUGUUAACUGUGCUGUUGAUUUUAGAAUUUGUUGUAUCAUUCUCAACCAAACUAUAACAAUCACACCAACCUCUUUGUAUGUUUACUUGCUCUAAAUGGCUUCUCUAAGCUAUUUACUGAGACACUCUGGGAACUUUCUAUGGCAAUGUGGAUCCGAUCGUGAUCUGUCCUUGUGUAGGGCAGGAUAAUACCUUUUAGAUGUGCUUGCCACUGAGCAUUAACUUUUUAAUAGAAGUCAGACCACACCAAACUCAGACCACAGAAACAUGCUACACAAGUCCAGUAGUAUUAGAAUAACUGAUGCAGUUUUCAUUUUUACUUUUAACAAACUAGGAAGUCUCUGAUUUUGUGGGUUAUUUUUAACUGGGUGUCCCAGUUUUCACCAAUGACCCAAAAUACCUCAAGUGUCUUCCCCAGCUGUAUAGAUGCAAUAUCCAGUCUACUGGUUUACCACAGGGCAGAUCCUAUGUGACCUAAAGUUUCACAAAUCACCAUCUUUGGGAUCGUUUCCACAACAUAUUAGGAUUAGUCCGAGAUGUAUCAUUGUCCUCUGCUAAGUGGAGUCUGUCCAGAAAACUGUGCCCCAGCCUCAUUGUGUUUCUUGUGUUUUUUCAGAUUGAUUUGACGUUCCCAUUUCAAUACUUUAUGUUUUGUAUUGAAACAAAGCAUAUUGCUUGUCAACCUGUUCACCGCCAGCUUAAAACUACUACUACUGUAGCAAUGUACAACUGGUCAACCGAAUUUAACUCAAAUGGGUGAAUUGAGGUAAAGGGAAUGUACAACAGAAACCAGUUUUCUUGCAUUGUGAUGUAAAUAUUUUGAUUCAGGGAAAGACUUCAUUAUUUGAUAAAAUGUCAUUUAAGAACUUCCAUUUCCCAAGAGAUCAUUAGUUUUUUGUUGUACUUUCCAUUAGCCCAAAUGGUGAAUCUUCUGCUUCAAGAUUUAUUAUUUUCUUUUAUCAUUUUUGUUUUUUUACAAAUGAUGAGUUGAAAAUUUAGAACAGAUAUUAGUGAUUCACUGAAUUAGUAAAAGCAGGCAUGGAUGUAGUCCUUUUGAAUAAAACUAUUGAUCCCAUUGGUUAACAAAUGAUGUUCAAGAUGGUAAAAGAGAUAGAUUAUCUUCACCGAUGAGCCUCCUGACAUCUUUUCUUUUUUUUACAUUUUGAAUGGAAUAUGUUAAAUUUUCAGAGAUAAUGACAUCUGCUAUAUACCCGUUACAGUAGACAGUUACAUUUGGGGACGUAAACAUAAAUUCUUCUCUAUUGACUGUCUAUGUGCACCCCUUGUGUGACUGAUUUGUUUGUGACUUAUUUUCCGACUUGUACAUAGUAAUAAAGCAUUGGUUAAAUGUA